AUGGACUCAUCAAGUUCCACACUCUUGCUUCUUGUGCUCACACUAGUCACAAUUAUGCUUCUUAAAACCAUGCUUGGAAAAAAGCAUAAGAACAAGCGCAAAGCAAACUCAAACUCAAAGCUUCCACCAGGACCAACUCCUCUUCCAAUAAUAGGCAACCUGCUAGAGCUAGGAAACAACCCCCACCACUCCCUCGCCCAACUCUCCAACAUACACGGCCCAAUAAUGACCCUUAAAUUGGGCCGAGUAACCACCGUAGUAGUAUCCUCCGCUGACGUGGCAAGAGAAGUGCUCCAAACGCACGAUCACGUUCUCUCUAACAGAACUGUCCCUGACGCCUUAACAGUCCUCAACCACGACCAGUACAGCCUGUCGUUUAUGCGCGUGUCGCCGCGGUGGCGCGACCUCAGAAAAAUCUGCAACAACCAACUGUUCGCUAACAAAACGCUGGAAGCGAGCCAGCCGCUGAGGCGGAAGAAGCUGCAGGACCUCCUAAUCGACAUCGGAAAGUGCAGUGAAGUUGGCGAAGCGGUGGACAUCGGAAGAGCGGCUUUUAAGACUACAAUUAACUUGUUGUCAAACACUUUUUUCUCUGUAGAUUUUGUAGGGUCCGCGGAAGAGGCUGGGGAGUAUAAGGAGAUCGUUGUGAGUAUUUUGAAGGAGGUUGGGGCACCCAACUUGUCUGAUUUUUUCCCUUCUCUGAGGGUCUUUGACCUUCAAGGGAUUCGGAGGCGUUCCGUUGUUGAGGUUAAGAAGGUUUUGAGUAUCUUUCGGAGGUUCGUUGGGGAGAGGGUUAUAACCAGGGAAAGAGAGGGUGCCGUUGGGAAUGACGAUGUUCUUGAUGCUUUGCUUAAUAUCUCUCUCGAUAAUGGCAAGAUAGAGAUGGAUAAAGACGAGAUUGAACACUUGCUUCUGAACAUAUUUGUGGCGGGAACGGACACAACAACAUAUACACUAGAAUGGGCAAUGGCAGAGUUAAUUCAGAAUUCAAAGAUAAUGUCAAAAGUGGAGAAGGAGCUUGAGCAAGUAAUUGGGAAAGGAAAACCUGUGGAAGAAACAGAUGUUGCUAGGCUUCCUUACUUACAAGCAGUCAUAAAAGAGACCUUCCGUUUGCAUCCACCAGUUCCAUUGUUGCUUCCUAGAAAGGCUGAGAUAGAUGUAGAAAUUGGUGGCUACAUCAUCCCAAAAGAUGCACAAGUUUUGGUCAAUGCAUGGGCUAUUGGUAGGGAUCCAACUAAAUGGGAAAACCCAUAUGUGUUUCUUCCAGAGAGAUUUUUGGACUCUGAAACUGACAUUAAAGGGCACCACUUUGAGCUCAUACCAUUUGGAUCUGGAAGAAGAAUUUGCCCUGGCUUGCCAUUGGCUAUUAGAAUGUUGCCUUUGAUGUUGGGAUCAUUGGUCAAUUGCUUUAAUUGGAAACUUCAAGAUGGCAUAAAGCUUGAUGACUUGGACAAGGAAGAUGAAUAUGGAAUUACCUUGGAAAAAUCUCAACCAGUUCGAAUUGUUCCAAUCAAACUAAGCAACCCUAGCAAUUAG